GGAUAAACUAGUAGCCUUAUUUGCCUUCUUAGUGCAGUCUCUUUGACGGAGGAAACCGAGGGGAGAAACUGGUGAUUGGAGAAAUCUUUUCUGUCAAUGUUUAAAUUCUGGCUUACAGGGUCCAUGUUUCAUUUUUUUCACAGGUUUGUGUUUGCAUCGCUAAAUGGUGCCAGACUUUCAAGCAGGACACCUUUUCGGCUUGUUGGAAUUUGAUAAGAUUUUCAUAGAUAGUGAUCCUCUGAACAGACACGGUGGACUUUGCACAAGAUCAGCUAUCAAGAUCCAAAAGAGAUUUGAAAGACGGACGUCACUGACUAAAGGAUAAAUUAUAUUGAAGGAAAAGCAGGGACACCAGUUUGUUUGACAGAAAAUUCCAGCAAAGCUCGACAGUGCAGAGCCAGUGUUGCCACUCACAUACUGAACCAACACAAAGAACACCUUACAAUAACCUAAGAAGUGAUAUAUCUGAUACCCCAAGAUUCCCCGUGCAAUUCCAAGGUUGACACAUAAGCCUCCAAGACCCGGCACAGUUUGCACUAUUUCACCACCUGACGAAGACUGAUGUACCCAUCAAAACAUUGUUGAUUUUAAGUACUACCAACAGAAUGGGCAAGCAGAACAAGCAGAAGCAGAAGAGCUCUUUAGUGAAGCCAAAACGACAGCAUCAGAGUGGUUCAACCAAGCAGGGCAGCAGUGGCGCCCAAGGCCAGAAGGCUUCAGCAUUCAGGGUGUCCUCUCACAAGGCAUUGAAAGCAAAACACAAAACAAAACAGGUCACUUCAAAUCUGAAAUGGAUGAAGAACAAGUCAUCUAAGGAGCAAGUGAAUAAAAACGAUGCCUCCUUCUCUAACGUUCAUCAGUCUUUCACAGUCUCAUCAUCGAAACAGGCUCAAAUACCAGCAAGCAAACCAGUCAAAAAGUUACCGGAAUCAAGACAAGUGGACAUGGAUGCCGCUGUGUUGCAGAUGGCAUCGUUAUAACGUCUUAUACAAGAAAACUCAUGUGACAUAAGCCAUAGAAACAGAACUUAACAAUGACAUCUCGAUGGGGUCUUAUACAAGAAUAUUUAUCCGUACAUGCAACGUGGUAAUGGAACUUUACAGAUGACAUCGGGACUGCAGCUUACGCAUCUUUCAGAACAUCAGCAGUUUAAUGAUAUAAUUGUAGAU